UUACAAAAGAAACGUACAUAUUGUAGUGCAAAGUAAUUUCUUUUUCGCGUCCAUCACUCCAUUUGGCUGCUUCCUACUUCCUUUGUUGGUGUAAAAGUAAUUCCCUGUGUGAGAAACUGCUUAGAGCUGCCCCUGCAUGCCCCGCGUGGGUCCAUCACUCCAAUAGCUCUUCCUUUUCCCUCUAUGAUCAAUAUAACUCCACUUCCUUGUUAAACCCAAAACACACCUUCCUAUCUGCUUUUACUCUGCAUUUUGCAUUCCCCUUCCUUCAUUUCCUUCGAUUUCCAAAGAAGAAACCAUGGCUGAGAUUGCAACCAUUUUUGUCUCUCCCAUCCUUCAAGUGUUUUUUGAAAAAAUGGCAUCUGGUGGCUUCGUUGACUUCUUUCGGCACCGAAAACUCUCCGAUGGACUCCUAAAGAAGUUGAAGACAACAUUCCUGACCCUCAAUGCAGUGCUUGAAGACGCGGAGGAGUUGCAAGUUACGAAGCCUGCUGUGAAAGAGUGGCUUGAGGAGCUGAAAGAUGCAAUCUAUGAUACAGAGGAUGUCUUGGAUGAGGUUGCAACUGAAGCCUUGCAAAGCGAGUUGGAUGCUGAAUUUCAAACUACUGCAAGCAAGGUAAGAAAGUUAUCCAUCUCUGCUUUUCGUAAUUCUUUUGUCAAAGAGAUGGAGCUAAAGAUAAAAGAGAUACUUGAAAGACUAGAAACUCUAGCACAACAAAUAGAUCUUUUAGGUCUGAAAGAAGGUGUUGGAGGUAAAUCAUCUGGAAGAUCGACCACAUCUAGUUUAGUUGUAGAAUCUGAAAUUUUUGGUAGGAAUGAUGACAAGGAGGCAAUCAUUAAAAUGUUGCUCUCAGAUAAUGCACGUGGCAAGGAGAUGGGUGUGAUUGCCAUAGUCGGCUUGGGGGGGAUUGGCAAGACCACCCUUGCUCAACUUGUAUACAAUAAUGACGAGGUGAAGAAGCACUUUAACCUUGAAGCAUGGGUUUGUGUUUCUGAUGAAUUUGAUGUGAUCAAGUUAACAAAAAUAAUUUUGGAGGCAGUAACUUCGUCACCUUGUUCUAUCACUGAUCUGAAUCAGCUUCAACUUAGACUAAAGGAGUGUUUAAUGGGGAAGAAGUUUCUAGUUGUAUUAGAUGAUGUUUGGAAUGAGAAUUAUGUUCAAUGGGAGGAUCUAAGCAAACCUUUUAAAUUUGGAGCACAAGGAAGUAGGGUCAUCGUAACAACACGCAGUCAUUCUGUUGCAUCAGUUAUGCGUGCUAGUUCAAUUCAUUCUCUAAAGGAGUUACCAGAAGAAAAUUGUUGGGCACUAUUUGAAACACAUGCAUUUCAUGAUGGCAACUCUAACGUGCAUGGAGAGUUAGUAGUAAUAGGUAGAAAAAUCAUGGAAAAGUGCGGAGGCCUUCCAUUAGCACUCAAGACAAUUGGUGCUCUAUUAAGAUCUAAACCAGAUGUUGAUGAUUGGAAAAAGAUAUUGAGGAGUGAAUUAUGGGAUUUGUCAAUUGAUGAGAUAGGAAAUAUUCUUCCUGCUCUAAGAUUAAGCUAUAAAUAUCUCCCAUCACAUCUAAAGCGAUGCUUUGCUUACAGCUCAAUCUUUCCAAAGGAUUAUGCUUUCAAAAAAGAUCAAUUAAUUAUGUUAUGGAUGACAGAAGGUUUCCUCCAGCAACCCAAAAACAAAACAAUGGAAGAAGUUGGUAAUGAGUAUUUCCUCACUCUAGAAUCAAGAUCAUUAUUCCAAAAAUCUAGUGACGACAAAUCACGUUUUAUAAUGCAUGAUCUUGUGAGUGAUUUAGCAAAAUCUAUAUCUGGAAAUUUUAUUAUGAGGUUGGAGGGUGAUUGUUCUCGUGACAUUGUAAACAAUACUCGCCACAUGUCCUAUUUUUCCAAUCAAGAUUUUCAUAGCUUUAAGAAAUUUGAGACCCUUGACAAGGCUAAGAGGUUGCGCACUUUCCUACAUUUUGAUAUGAGCAGUUUCAAAUGCACCUCCUACUACUUGUCUAAAAAAGUAGUACAUGAUUUGUUGCCGACACUAAGAUGCUUACGGGUGCUUUCUCUGUCAAACUAUGAGAAUAUUACUGAAUUGCCAGAUUCAAUUGACAAAUUUAAAUAUCUACGUUACUUGGACCUUUCUUUCACUGAUGUGAAAAUAUUGCCUAAUUCUAUAUGUAAGUUGUGCAAUUUGCAAACAUUGAUGUUAUUAAAUUGUGAAAAGCUCUCUUCAUUGCCAAGAGAUAUGCGGAAACUCGUUAGUUUACGACAUCUUGAUAUUACUGGAACUGGCAUAAAAGACAUGCCAAUACAACUUGAGGGAUUAAAAUGCCUCCAGACAUUGACUAAAUUUAUCGUCGGCAAAGGUAGUGGGUUGUGCAUUGGAGAGUUAAAAAAACUCACAAAUCUCCGGGGAUCACUUUCAGUAUUGGAGCUCCAAAAUGUUGAAUCUCCUACUGAUGUUCUGAAUGCAACAAGCUUAAGGGAUAGAAAGUAUAUGGAAGAGUUGGUAUUGGGAUGGAAAGAUGAUAAUAAUUUUUCAGAAAGUCAAAGAAGUGUACUCGAUAGUCUCCAACCCCAUACAAACUUGAAAAGUCUCGCUAUCCAAUCCUACGGUGGUAAAAGCUUUUCAGAUUGGGUAGGACAUCCUUCAUUCUCUAAUGUAGCAUCUCUCUAUCUAGAAAGCUGUAAAUAUUGCAGCAGCUUGCCACCGCUUGGGCAACUACCCUCUCUGCAAAACCUCUCUAUUGUUGGGUUUGAUGAAGUUGUUAGAGUGGGUCUUGAGUUAUGUGGCAGCGGUUCUUCUUCAGUUAAGCCAUUUGGUGCCCUUAAAGUUCUUAAGUUGGAGAAGAUGCCAAAGUGGGAGAAAUGGGUUUCUUUUGGUGACGAAAAUGGAGGGGGAGCUUUUCCUCAACUUGAGCAGCUUUAUAUUGAGGAAUGUCGUAAGCUAACAGGAGGGUUGCCGGUCCUUCUUUCUUCUUUAUCCAAACUAGAUAUUAUUGAUUGUCCGCAGCUGGUGGCUCCACUCCCAUUGACUCCUACUAUUCGUGCAUUGAAGCUCUGGAAUUGUAAUGAAAUGCUGUUAAAGGAAUUGCCAACUGGAAUGGAGCAGCUCGUAAUUCGAGGAUUUAAUGCCCUGGAGUCCUUACCGAAAGGAAUGAUAAACUCCAACAGCAGUCUUCGAGAGUUAGAAAUCCAUAAUUGUUCUUCACUAAUGUCCCUUCCAAAUGAUGGUCUUCCCUGCGGUCUUCAAGUGUUAGAAAUCGAUAAUUGUUCUUCACUUAUGUCCCUUCCAAAUGAUGGUCUUCCCUGCGGUCUUCAAGAGUUAAAAAUCUCUAACUGUUCUUCACUUAUGUCCCUUCCAAAUGUUGGUCUUCCCUGCGGUCUUCAAGAGUUAAAAAUCUCUAACUGUUCUUCACUUAUGUCCCUUCCAAAUGUUGGUCUUCCCUGCGGUCUUCAAGAGUUAAAAAUCUCUAACUUUUCUUCACUUAUGUCCCUUCCAAAUGUUGGUCUUCCCUCCGCAUUAAAAACCCUUGAGAUUAAAAGUUGUAAGAAGUUAGAGCUCUCAACAACUAGAAGGGACUACUCAUCCCUUGAAAACUUGAGUUUAUGGUAUUGUGAUUCUCUCAAGUCCUUUCCAUUAGAAUUAUUCCCAAAGCUUUAUGACAUCGAAAUCGUGCAGUGUAGCAAUCUGGAAUCUCUUACCGUUCCAGAACAUUAUGAACGUGAUUUAGUCACCUUGGCGAUUGAUAUUAUUUGUUGCCCUAAUUUUGUAUCUUUUCCAAAAGGAGGAUUGCGUGCCUCCCGCCUUACAUGGUUAGGGAUCAAGCAUUGUGAGAAUCUGAAAUCACUUCCUGCAGAAAUGCACAUACUCCUUCCGUCUCUUCGGAAGUUGAUUCUAAAUAAUUGUCCAGAACUUAAAUCGUUUCCUGAAGGGGGCUUGCCUUCCAAUCUGAACUCAAUUUACAUCGACGGUUGUGAGAAACUCAUUGCGAGUCGGAUGGGAUGGGGUUUGCAGAACCUGCCCAUUCUUAAACAUUUCUCAAUCUAUGGGAUGGAGUUUGAAGAUUUGGAGUCUUUCCCAGAGGCACAGUUGCUGCCCACCAGUCUGACCUAUCUUUCCAUCUCGGGCUUUCCAAAUUUGAAAUCUUUGGACAAGAAGGGGCUUCAACACCUCAUUGCUCUUGAAAAAUUGUAUAUCUUUGAUUGUCCUAAGCUCAAGUUCAUGCCAAAACAGGGGUUACCUGCCUCCCUUUCUAUUCUAAAAAUCUACAGAUGUCCUUUGUUGAAGAAAGAGUGGCAAAGUAAAAAAGGAAAAGAAUGGCGCAAGAUUAAUGCUCACGUCGAACAUAUCCAGAUUGAUGACGAAGUGAUUGAAUAAGCUACAAGUAUAGCAAGAUUUCUCCAAUUUCGAAUGCUAUGCCCACUUUGCCGUUUAUCGUUGCUUUUAGAUUCGUUUGUUUUGGUGUUGGCCUGAAAUGGUGGAUUCUGAGAGUUCAAACGGUUCUUCGCGACAGACGGCGGCAAAGUACGGCAUCACAAAGCCAAUCUCUCUUGCCGGACCCACCCAGGCCGAUCUUAAGCGCAAUAUGGAAUUGGAAACAGUUCUUGAUUGAUUCGGGGCUAUAUGAGAGUGAGAAAGAAGCUGCGAGGAGAAAAGGGGUCCUAGGCUGCAUCGAUCAGGUAGACAUAACAAUUGAGUGUAAUAGUAAGUUGUGGAAAAAGCUCAACCAAGUGUUGACAGUGAGGAAAUGGAUCAAGAAGAUAAUGUGAACCACAGUGAUGAUGUGCAUGAAAUUGAAAACGAGGCUUUGUAGGAUGGGAAGGAGAUUAAGAGGCAUUGGUCAGAGGUAUCUCACAAAAACAUUUUUGGUGAAAAUGACGAAUUCCACCUCUCAGAUUGCCAUUGUUGGUGCCAAUGUUUGCCCCAUUGAGAGCCUUGACUAUGAUACAUUUUCUUCUGCAAGCUGCUAUAAGGGAAAAGGUAAUCAAUGAAAAAGUUGAAAUGAAAACCUGAAGCUGGUUUUAGAUGGUGACAUUAUCCGUUGACUAAGAGGUACAUGUGAUGUGGGCAACUAAUCCUCUUGCUCGAUAGAGGGAAGGAGUUGGGCUUGUUACUAACAAGGAUAUAUAAUGGAUAAUCAUCGCCAUUGUCAUCAACAUUCAAGCUUUUGCGAGCUUUGAGGAUGUUUGAGCUGUUUAAUGGAUUACAAGACAUCUUCCUAAAGCUGGCAUUGGGAAUUCGAUACCACUAUUAAAUCAUGUGUAGAGUUAAAGGAGUCUCAAGAUAGCCUUGCUCAAACAAAUGUUGCUAGAUUGCUAGUGAUGGCUAUGCAUUGUUAGAGUUAAACGAGUCUGAGAUCACUUCCUGACAAGAUGCACAUACUCCUUUCAUCUCUUAAUGAAGUAGAUGUAAUUAUUUGUUCAGAAGUUGAGUGGCUUCCUGAAGGGGGCUUGCCUUCCAAUCUGAAAUCAAUUAACAUCUAUGCUUGUGACAAAGUCAUUGCGGGUUGAAUGGAAGGGGGUUUGCAGAACCUCUCCUUUCUUGGACAUCUAACAAUCGGUGGCAAUUCUAAAGAUGUGGAGUCCCUCCUAGAGGCAUGAUUGUUGCCCACCAGUCUGACCUCUCUUUCCAUCUCUGGCUUUCCAAAUUUGAAAUAGUUGGACAAGAUGGGGCUUCAACACCUGAAUGUUUUUCAAGCAUUGCUUAUCUUUAGCUACCCUAAGCUCAAGUACAUGCCAGAAAAAGGGUUGCUUGCCUUGCUUUCUAUGCUACUGAUCUUGGAAUGUCCUUUGUUGAGGAAAUAGUGGCAUUGUAAAAGAGGAAAAAGGAUGGUGUAAAAUUGCUCACCUCGAAUAGAUAUGGAUUGAUGACAAAUUGAUUGAAUAACCGUUAGAACUGAGCAAUUGAGUCUCUCUCAUGCCAUCGCCAAAAAUGAUUGAGAACUCUAUAGAAGGGCCAGUUUUCAUUGUCAAUAGCAAGAGUCAUAUGCUUGGAAUCAAAUCUUGCACUAAAAGUUCAAUGGAGACCUAUGGACCUUUUGAAACUGUUGUGCCUAAUCGACAUCAUGGGCAUUUAAGUUUCGUUUUCUUUUGUUGGAAGUGUAGGUUCUAAAUUACCAUUCAGUACCUGAUCUCUUGAAAACUGCUACAUUGGAAAAGGCUGUCGAAUAUCGAACCAGCACUAAACCAAUGGCAAGCUGGAACUGGUUUUGAUACCUUUAGUUAUCACACUGUUGAGAUGAGAAACUGAAGCUUGAUUUAGAUGGUGACAUUAUCUGUUGACGAAGUGGUGCUGGUACAUCUGAUGUGGGCAAUCGAUCCUCUUUUGCAAUGGAGGGAAGGAGUUGGUCUUUGUGCUAACAAGGAUAAUUGGUCGUGGUCAUUGCCAUCACCGUCCAAUCUUUUGCGGGUCAAGGACUUGUGUCUUUAUGCCAUUCUCUUCAUCAAAUAACAAGUCAUCCUCCAAACUGGUUUAAGGGUAAAUGACACAUAUAGACACAAUGCUUGAUUAAGUUACAAGUAUAGCAAGAUUUCUCCAAUUUCCAAUGCUAUGCUCGCUUCACUAUUCCGGACAUAAGCAGUUGAAUCAUGUCACGACCAACAAUUAUUGACAACUCCAUAGAGAAUUAGGGAUGCUCCAAGUCAACAAGAAAUUUUGGUCCUUGCACAAUUAUUUUCAGUUACAAGGAAUAUCAUAUUGGCUUUUUGAAGGAUCACCUUAUGAAAGACCUUAGGCUCAGGAGCUGUGAUGACCAAAGCCUGUUUUGGUUUCAAAGUCAUCUGAUGAUGGUGCUUGAAAGUGUAGCUCAUCUUAAAGUAAGAGAUUGGGAAGACUAUCAAGAAUGUUUACAAGCAAGGCUCACAUUGCUCGAGCUGUGCUCAAGAGCAUGUGUUUCCAAGUCAAAGAUGUGUUGGAUUCUUUGCACAAAGAUGCAGGGGAGGAGGGUGAGGUUAAGAAUGAGAAGGGGGAAUUCUUGCUUAUGGUAGAUGGUGAUGCCACUGUUAGCAAUCUUUUGAUGCAGAUUCAGGGAUUCAGUUGUUGUAAUCUCAGAAGCAGCCAUGAAAAGUUAUAUUUGGCAUUUUCUCCAGUUUGUGUCAGAUGUAAUGCAGUGCCUCGCUGCAACUGCUAGGAGACAAAUCUUGCGUGACCUUUGCUCGACCUUGACACGAGCAAGAAUGUGACUAAUCAUUGGACAAAAACUUCGGGCAACGCUUUCACGAUAGUAGCUCGAGUGAAGUUGCUACUGUCAAGAGACAAAUCUGAAUCAAUUUGCAUUGAGAACCAUGUGCUGCCAACGAGUGAUGAAGCUGAAUCAAUAUGGACAAAAUUUGGUUUUAUUAGACCAAGAUGAGCUGAAUCAGUACAAGAAACAUUACCAUAUGCUCUCAUCUUUUGAGAAACAAUAGUGCUGCUAACCAAUCCUCGCACGUUGAAUUAUUGGUGCUUAGGUGUUGGGAGUAGCACAAAAAAAUUUGUGAAAAUAGACAAGUGAUACAAACCAACCUAGAAAUGGCCUCAUGGAGGAUCUUGAGUGGAGGAAGGUUUUUGGAGUGGGAAUUUGCAAUUAUUUGGGAGAAAAAUCUAUUGAGGCGUGGAGCCCGGGUCUUUAAAGACAUGUUAUGAGCCUAUGAUGUUAUGGGAAAAAUUGUGGGAACACUGAGACAUCUUUUAUAGGUUUUGUAUACAUGAGUUUGAAAGUUGCAUAGUUUAAUCAAUGUCUCUAGAUUGUAAAAGUCUCUGGUAUUAUUGCUCAAUCAUAGUGAUAUCUGCUGCAACUCUAUGGACGUAGCCCUUAGA